UAAAAUUAUAAAUAAAAGUAAAGAGUUAUAAAUUAAAACAUUAAAAUUACAUACAAAUACAAUAUUUAACUAAAAAUAAAAUAACUAACAAAAUAUAAGAACUUGCGACAGAAAUCUCCAGAAUUUUUGUGAUUAUUUAAAACAUUGGAUAAUCCAAAAUACAUACCAGUGUACACUUAAUUAAGUGUACACUGAUACAUACAUUUUAUAUACACAUGUACAUGUAAAACACACUGACAACCUUGACUGACAUCCACUAAAAUGCGAAUAGAAGAAUAAAAACAAAAUAGAAACUAAAUUAGAAAAAUAUUUGUGAUAAGAAAACAACCACCACACAGCGAAAUAUAUAUUACAAAUAAUGAAAGAAACACCAGCCGAGAAAUUGAUGCAUAGAGAAAAAAGCGCUAAAGAAUUAUCAGCAGAUGGUGAAGAAAACUAACCCAAUUUUUGGACAAGCCGCAGUAAAAGAACGUUCAUUCAAUAUUAUAACCUCGAACAGAGAGGACGUGUUUUUUUCAGUUUAACAAUUUGGAAAUUAAAAAAGAAUAGAAUUAAAAGUUAAUUUUUCUUAAGUGGUUAAUAACAGAGAAAUUUUAAUUUAAAUUGUUUACUAAUUUUUUCUUUUUGUUGUUGCAACUAAAAAAGUACAAUACGUAAUCACCUCAUCAUUAUAGAGCAAAAAUAAAUAUAUAUCGUGUGUUUUUCGUUGUUGUUGCUUAACUAAACAUGGUUUCUUAUUUUGUACCUCGCGGUCGGUUCCUUAUCAAGGCUGGUAAUUUACGACAAGCCCAUCAGAAACAUCAACAAACCGGCCAACAACAAACCGGCAAAUGGCCAUUGAUUAAGAAUUUUCGCCAAACAUUUUCCACUAAAGCAGCUGGCAAUAAUAAUAAUAUCAACAAUCAGACCACAGAGGCGAAAGUUGAUAAUCUUAUAAGAAAUAAUUCUUUAAAUAAAAACACGAGUUUUCAAGUACGCAGACAUCAAGAAUUACAGAAGAGACGUAUUAGCAUAUGGUUGAAAUGGACUGGUUUUCUAUUGAAAUGGGCUCCAAUGGGUAUUUGUGUAUUUGGUGCUUUGGAAUGGCAAUUACAUAAGCAGAAUUGUGUACAAGAACAGCUGCCGCACACCGCCUCGGAAUUUCAGACAAAGUUUUACUGUUCCUUGCCUUUGAGAUUGCUUAGUAGAGCUUGGGGUUGGCUGGCCGCCUGUUAUAUACCGGAGAACUUUAGACCCUUUGUGUAUGGCUGGUAUUCUAAGUCGUUUGGUGUGAAUAUUGAAGAGGCAUUGUAUCCAGACUUUAAAUACUAUGAAAGUUUAUCACAAUUUUUCACUCGUCCAUUAAGAGAAGGUGUUCGACCAAUUGACUUGAAAGCCCCCAUUGUAUCGCCAGCCGAUGGAAAAAUAUUACAUUUUGGCACAGCCUCCAAGUCGCUUAUAGAGCAAGUAAAGGGUGUAAACUAUAGCAUACAAGAUUUUUUGGGUCCCGCUACUUGGCUGGAGAAUAACAACAACAAGACCUCCGAGGAAUAUGCCGAUGCAAUCAAGCACAAACAAGAUGGCUCUACUACUCUCUACCAAUGUGUAAUUUAUUUGGCUCCUGGUGAUUAUCAUCGUUUUCAUUCUGCCGCUGAAUGGCAGCCUACAUUGAGAAGACAUUUUACCGGCGAAUUGCUGUCAGUUAAUCCAAAAAUUGCCACCUGGUUACCCGGUUUAUUUGUACUUAACGAACGCGCCUUAUAUUUGGGACAAUGGCAACAUGGUUUCUUCAGUUAUACCGCUGUUGGUGCGACCAACGUUGGUUCCAUGGAAAUAAUUAUGGAUGAAAAGUUGAAAACCAAUCGUUGGGUUGGCUUGAGAACUAAUCGUGAAUAUGAUGAACUUGUAUUGCACGAAAAACCAUUGUUGAAGAAGGGUGAUCUAGUGGGUCAAUUUAAUAUGGGCAGUACUAUAGUGUUGUUGUUUGAGGCUCCCACUAAUUUCCAUUUUGAUAUUGAAGCCGGUCAAAAGGUUAAAGUGGGCCAGGCUUUAGGUCACAUGGCUUAAGAAUAGAAAAACAAUGAAAUCAAUAUUCUUUUUAAUUCACUUUGCUUUAAACAUUUUGAAUGCAAAUUGUUUGGAGCAGCUUUUUUGAAUUUUGCUUUAUCGAAAGAUUUUUCUCAGAAAUAUGCCUUUAAAAUAUGGCUUUAUGAAUUCGAAAAAUUUCGAUAAUGAUUUGAUAUUUAAACUUGUUUUUUCAAAACCCACAAUUUGUGUAGAUUUCAAAGUGUCUACAUUUACAAAAGACAAAAUUUGAAAUUUUAUGUGAAAACUGGUUUUAAUUUAACAAAUUUAUAUAUUUUAAAGAACAGUUUUAAUACAAGAGUGUUUGAAAUAAGUGACAGUAUAAAACCCACCACGAAAUCGAAAUAAUAACUUCUAACAAUGUAAAAAUUUUUGUGGUUUGUUAGUUUGAGUUCUAGUGUAAAUUAUUUUAUACAAAGAACUUCAAAUCUUGUAACAAAUUUAUGAAAGUUACCUUAAUUACCCGCGACAAUGAAAACAAAUGUGACUUGUUGUCUUAAUUACUUUUUUUUUGCGUAAAAAAGAUUUUUUGGUAAUAACCAUUUCUUUAUGCUUCACCUUUUAGCAUUAUUGCAAUUAGAAUACAAACCUAAAAAAUAUAAACAAAUAUGAAUUUAUCAAUUAAAAUUACAAAAAAUAUAUAUUGUCGUAUGGGUAAUAAUAAACUUAAGCUUAGUGCCUUUUGCGAUAAAAAAACACAAAAAAAUUAUUUAACUUAUCUUUAUUUAAACACAAUUUCUAUAUACCUUUGAAUAUGUUUUUGUAAAACUUUAUUUCUAAUUUAAUUUUUGGUUCGUUUUACAAAAAUGGUCCAUAAUAUUUAGUUUUAUCUUAUAUUAUCUAAAAAUACUAUUGUAAUUUUUAAAAUUUUCAAGUAUUUUUUUUUAUUUUUUCCUACUACUUUAAUUAUUUAUUUAACUUAAUAUACAUACUCUCACAGUAAUUCUCAAUGUAAAGUUAUUAAUAUUUAUACAUAUUUAAAAUAAAAUUACACACAAAUAUAUGCCAUAUUAAAGGCCAAAUAAUUUAUAAACUAAUUUGUAUUAUUUUUAAGAAUUCGCUGUGUAUAUUGUUGAUAAUAAUUUAAAGUUUAAUUGUUUCUCCAAAUUAAUUAUGGAGAAUGAAAGACUUUUUUUGUAUAUUUAUGAAUUAAAGAUUGUUUAUAAAAUAAAUUAAUAAUAUGACGUUUU